AUGUUGGACAGUGAAAUUGAUGUAUUUCAAGGAAUAUACAAGGAGAAAGAAUGGGGGUUAUGGGCUUCACUCUGUUUGUCUGUCUCAUCUCAGUUGAUUAGGGUUUAUUAUGGAGGCAGAGAUGAACAUUGGGUGUUGGGUCACACGUGCGCUGCUCUGAAAUCGAUUGACGACAUUAGGAGUCUGAGAUUGAUGACUGCGGUGAAAACUCCGUACCUACCAAAUGGUCAAAUUGAUCUUGAAUCAUACGAUAACCUAGUAAACAUGCAAAUUGCAAAUGGUGUUGAAGGAAUUCUUGUUGCUGGAACAACUGGUGAAGGCCAUUUAAUGAGCUUGAAUGAUAAAGUAAUGCUUAUUGCUCACACCGUCACCUCUUUCGGCGAUAAAGUCAAAGUUAUUGGUAAUACAGGAAGCAACUCAACAUCACUAGCAAUUAGUCUAACUGAGCAAGGUUUUGCUGUUGGAAUGGAUGCAUCACUUCAAAUAAACCCUUACUAUGGAAAAACCUCAAUGGAAGGUUUGGUUGCUCAUUACAAAAGUGUACUUUCAGUAGGACCUAUCAUUUUAUAUAACAACCCAUCAAGAACUGCUCAAGAUAUUCCUCCUAGUGUGGUUGAAAUAUUGGCUCAAAACCCUAAUUUUGUUGGUAUCAAAGAGUGUAUAGCAAAUGAGAGAGUGAAAAAGUAUGCAAGUCAAGGAAUUUUUGUGUGGACUGCAAAUCAAAAGGAGAGUCAUGAAGGUGCUAUUGGAGAUGUGUCUCUUGCAAGUAACUUGAUUCCUAGUUUAAUGGUGAAACUCAUGAAUGAAGGAAUGAAUCCUUCAUUGAAUUCAAAGCUUAUUCCUUUGUUUGAUUGGCUUUCUUUAGAGGUUAUCCCAAUUGGUUUGAACACUGCUCUUGCUCAACUUGGUGUUAUCAAGCCUGUUUUUAGGCUACCAUAUGUACCUUUGAGUAGGGAAAGAAGGGUUGAGUUUGUCAAAUUGGUGAAGCAAAUUGGAAGAGAUCAUUUUGUUGGAGAAAAGGAUGUUGAAGUUCUUGAUGAUGAAGACUUUAUCAUAGUUGGUCGGUAUUAAUUUAGAUUAGAUUA